GACGCGGAAGAAGAAGAGGCGCCAGAUUUGUAAAGUGUCAACCAAUCUGUAGUUUAUUCACGUCUUUACAAUUUCGGUCAUAUUAUAUCAAGCGGGAGUCGACAAAAUGUCGGAAGAGUGCGGCUAUUCUCCCAGCUUCAAGCGGCCUUCGGAAAUCAUGCGCAUGCGAAGGAAAAGAGCUCGCAGCGAAGCUUUCCCCAGCCCGGGUGGUCACGACGGCAGCAGUACCGGACAAACAAGCCCGUCGCCGCCUUCAUGUGUCCGUCCCUUCGCACCCGGUCCGCUUUUUAGCAAGCUGAGCCGCACCGCGGGCGCAGCGAAACGCAGGAACCCGUUCGCGAACAUUGAGAACAGAUUCGGUCUCACUCGCGACGACGGGAAAGAUGACAAGAUGGAGGCAACACCGGCAGGAGAUUCGACGACCGAAGCAGAAGACAUGGACGUGCCUGCGUGCUCAUCUUUUACCCAGUCUUGCCUAAAUGCUUCCGCUGGUUCCGAAGGGGAAUCACUGUUUGAGGGAGACGCUCCAACGCCACUGGUGAAGGCCGUGGCUCCUCUCUCCCCAGCGCCGCCUCUCUGCACGGAAUACCCGGCUGACUGGAGCCUGAAGACCCGUCUCCUCUUUUCGUCCUCGCUGACGUUGUCUUGGUCUGAGCAGCCCAAAGCCCAGGAAGAAGCGUUGGGGCUGAGCCAGCACUGCAGAACACAAUUCACCGCGUUACCCCACAGCCUGCAGGAUGCAAGGUCGUGCAGCGAGCUGCGCUGUGCCUUCCAGCAGAGUCUGAUCUACUGGCAGCAUCCCAGCCUGCCUUGGGUGCCGCUCUUCCCCAGGAUGGACGCCGAGCGGAGGUUCGCGGGCACCAGCGCCCCUUGGGCGCAUGAUGUGGCGCUGCAGCAGAGCCUGAUGAGCGAAUGGUCGGCCAGUCUGUCGUCGCUUUACGGUCUCCUGAAGGCCAGGCGGUGUCCUUACUUCUACGUGUGCGCCCAUCAGUUCACAGUGUUGUUCAGAGCAGCAGGUGUGGGAGGUUCAAGCAGCAUCACGGCCACGCUGUCCCCCACAAGCAGAGGCUUCCGAGAUGCCAUGAAGGCUGACGGCAUCCACUUCACUUUGCCUCUAUUGGAGGAAAGGAGGAAGACCAGAGAGCAGCGGUGUAGAUCAGAGCAGGACGAGGACUGCUGGGACGGAGAUGAAGAUGGAGGCAGCGGCCUCUCCUGGCUGGAGGAAAUAGGAGUCCAGGACAAGAUCAGGAAGCCAGACAGCAUCUCCAUGCAACUCAGUAAGGAGGGCCGGGCGGCGAGUCUGGACCACAAGCCGGAGUCGGUGGUGUGCUUAGAAGGAGCGCACACCUUCACGCUCAUCAACUUCCUCAUCAACUGCAAGAGCGUGGUCGCCACGGCCGGCUCUCAGGCGGGACUUCCUCCCACGCUGCUGGCCCCCCUCGCUUUCAGGGGCGCCGCCAUGCACACGCUGAAGGCCCGCUGUGUGAACAUGAAGAGCCAGGUUGGUUCUACCUACCACAACGUCAGCAGUCUGGAGAUAGCAGGACCCGUCCUGCCAUCCUCUCUCCACGCCAUCACGGCUUUGCUCGGACCGGCGCAGAAAGGAAACUUUUCGGCCACGCUGUAUACUCACACGCCAACAGCCGUCCUCAACGUCCACUGUCCCCAGCAACAGUGCGGAAGCGGAUCGGCGGACCUGUCCCAGUGCGGCCUCCAUCCCGCCUCCGUCCAGCAGCUGCAGCGACCCUCCGGCCUGGGCAAGACGGCGCUCACGCAGAUAAACAUGAAGGAUUACAGCUACACCUGGAAGAGCUGACCAUGGUGCUGCUGCUGCUUUGUCAUAUUUGCAUAGCACGCUUACUCAAAAAGAAAGAAAUGAUUAACCUCCACAGGGUGUCCCUAAAGGCUCUAACAUGUACAAUGACAUAUUCCCUUUUUAUAUUCUUGCAAUGCCUUUUUGUUAUAUUUUCAUUUCGUACAGUCAUUGCAAUGCAUUUUCACUUAAAGAUUUUUUUUUAAAUGUAACUUUUUUUAUUUUGUCAAAAAAAUAGUUUAUUUGAACUAAUUUUUGGAAUAAUGUAUCUUAUGUGUAUAUUUUUGCUUUUUUAAUGAACAAUACGUAUUCAUUUGGUUUUAUUUAAUUAGAUUUUUUUUAUGUGUCAGUAAUAUAUUUUGUAUAUUACGUACUGUAUUGUAUAUAUUCUACCAUAUUUAUAUAUUUUCCUUUUAAUGCGGUGGUUCAACCUUGCGACUCGCUUUUUUUUAAGGCAUUUAUUUUUUAAUGAUUUAAAAAGAUAUUAAACUUUGUUUUACUGUAUUAU